AUGCCUCGAGCUGCAGCGAAACGCAAGGCUGAGGCAGUGGAGUCGGACACAAAUGGCCAUGCUCCAGAAGACAAUCGAGGGCCUAAGACUAGCCGAACUGAUGAGACCAAUGGCUCCUCAAUCAUCACAGGUCAAAGAUUCGGGCAAGCAGCCGACUACAUUCCUCUGGAAAAUGCAGAUUACAUCCCACUCACGCAAGUCCCUGGCGCAGAUGAAGAUGAUGCCCACGCUGAGGAUCUCGUCGAGUCAACCCAAGGUACCGAUGAAUCCUCGGAAUCUGGUUCCAUCCUCUACGGUAAAAUCGAUGGCAAGAUUGUGGGUGUCCGCUUUUACAGAGGAGUUGCUACUCCGGGCGAGCAUGUGGUCUUGAGAAGAGAGCCCCAUAACCAAUAUGAUCGCAAUGCUAUUCGCGUGGAUAACGUGAUGGGCGCUCAAAUUGGGCACAUCCCACGAGGCAUGGCUGCGAAGCUGGCUCCUUAUAUGGAUGCGCGCGAUCUAUCCGUAGAGGGUAUCUUGACUGGUUACAAAGGGCAAUUCGAUUGUCCAGUCUUGCUUCGACUCUUCGGAACGAACGAUCCAGCCCGGAGAGAUGAUCUGAAACACCGAAUGCAGAACGACAAGCUCCCCGUGAAAGAUUUCAAUGAGGCCCAACGGGAGCAAAAGAAACAAGAAACACGGCGCGAGCAAGAAAUCAAGCAGUCUGAGAAGAAUGCUCGGGCGAUGGCUCUCGGGAAAGCCGCUCAGCAAUGGCAACCAAAUGCAAACGCCGCAUUCGCGAACCUGUCCACUCCAACGGGGCUGGGCGAGCCUCAGAGUAUAGAAGAGCUGCUCGAUCAAAGUACCUCCUACAAUCCUCGAGACAUCAGCAAAGUGGUGGAAUCCUUUGGUCAGAAAGAGGCCGAUCUGGAACACAUGCCCAUGGCCCCGUGCCCGUCGGGCCUCUCGACAGAGCUGCUGCCCUACCAAAGACAAGGCCUUGCAUGGAUGAUCAACAAGGAAUCGCCUUCUUUGCCAGCUCCAGGCUCCGACGCCAUUGUCCAGCUAUGGAAACGUGAUGGAUCUCGAUUUACCAAUGUGGCAACAAACUAUUCGACCGAUAAAGAGCCACCGUUGGCGAGUGGCGGCAUUCUCGCUGAUGACAUGGGUCUGGGAAAGACGAUACAAAUCAUAUCCCUCAUCAUGGCGAACUCUACACCCAAAACCCCGACCUCUAGCAAGACGACUCUCAUCUUGGCCCCAGUGGGCGUGAUGAGUAACUGGAGAAACCAGAUUGAGGACCACACGCAUAAAGAAUCCGCGCCAAAAGUUUUGAUCUAUCAUGGUUCUGGAAAGAAAGAAAAGGCCAAACUUGCCGACUACGAUGUGGUGAUUUCGAGCUACGGUGCGCUUGCCAUGGAAUACGAGCCAAAUGCGAAAAAGCCUUCCAAGACGGGAAUAUUCUCUCUUCAAUGGCGACGAGUCGUGCUCGACGAAGGCCAUACUAUCCGAAACCCGCGCUCGAAGGGUGCACUUGCAGCCACCGCCGUGCGAGCUGAUUCUCGCUGGACAUUAACGGGCACCCCAAUCAUCAACACCCUCAAGGAUCUGUAUUCCCAAGUUCGCUUCUUGCACAUGUCAGGCGGCAUGGAGGAUUUGAGUGUCUUCAACAGUAUCCUGAUCCGCCCACUUGCGAAUCAAGACUCAGAAGCCCGAUUGCUACUUGAAGCUUUGAUGAGCACUAUUUGUCUACGCCGCAGGAAAGAUAUGCAAUUUAUCAAUCUCCGACUACCCGAAAUGACUUCGCGUGUGCUUCGCGUGAAGUUCCAUCCUCAUGAACUGGAGAAGUACAAUGCAUUUCAGAAGGAGGCCAAAGGCGCACUACUCGACUUCAAGGACAAAGAAGGUGGCUAUUCCACUUUAUUGGAGGUCAUCCUACGAUUGCGUCAGGUUUGCAAUCACUGGGCCCUUUGCAAAAAACGCAUCGACAAGCUUAUGGGUGACCUUGAAAAGUGGAAGGUUGUUCCUCUGACUCCGGAGAAUUUGAAGGCCCUCCAAGAUAUGCUACAGAUUCAAAUCGAAAGCCAGGAGGCGUGUGCAGUCUGUCUUGACAAUCUCGAGGAUCCCGUGAUUACAUCAUGCGGACAUGCCUUCUGUCGCGGCUGUAUCGAGCAAGUCAUUGAGCGACAGCACAAAUGCCCGCUUUGCCGCGCAGACAUUAAAGACAGCACUGGUCUUGUCUCCCCUGCAGUAGAGAUGGGCGAAGACGCCGAGACAGGUGUUGCUGACCCGGAGCACCCAAGCAGCAAGAUCGAGGCCUUGAUUAAAGUACUGACUGCGCAAGGCCAGUCUUCGGGGACCAAGACCGUGCUUUUCAGCCAAUGGACUUCUUUCCUCGAUCUGAUUGAACCACACUUACAGCAACAUGGUAUCUCCUUCGUUCGCAUUGACGGCAAAAUGCCCUCCGUCAAGCGCGACAAUUCGAUCAAUGCCUUUACUCACGACCCGAAGUAUACGGUCCUGCUUGCCAGUCUCAGUGUCUGCAGUGUCGGGUUGAAUCUUGUGGCGGCGAACCAGGUCAUACUAGCGGAUAGUUGGUGGGCACCCGCGAUCGAGGACCAGGCCGUGGACCGUGUCUAUCGUCUAGGCCAGAAACGCGAGACUACUGUCUGGCGUCUUGUCAUGGAGAAUAGCAUCGAAGAACGCGUGCUCGAUAUCCAGGACCGCAAACGAAAACUGAUGCUGUCGGCAUUCCGGGAGACCGCCAAAAAGAAGGCCGAGAGCACAGCGACUCGUAUCGCUGAUUUUGAAACUUUACUGAGUUGA